AUGGGCUUCAAUUUCACAGACGUGGGUUCUGAUGAUGUGACAGACGUGGGUUUUGAUGAUGUGGCAGAUGUGGGCUCCGAUUAUGUGGCAGACGUGGGUCCCGAUGAUAUGGCAGACGUGGGUUUUGAUGAUAUGACAGACGUGGGUUUAAGUGAUGUAACAGACUUGAGUUCCGAUGAUGAUAUGACAGACGUACGUUCCAAUAAGGUGACACGUGGGUUUGAUAAUGUAACAGACAUGGGCUCCAAUUUCACAGACGUGGGUUCUGAUGAUAUGACAGACGUGGGUUUAAGUGAUGUGACAGACGUGGGUUCCGAUGAUAUGUCAGACGUGGGUUCUGAUGAUAUGACAGACGUGGGUUUAAGUGAUGUAACAGACUUGAGUUCCGAUGAUGAUGUGACAGACGUACGUUCCAAUAAUGUGCCAUACGUGGACGUGGGCUUUGAUGAUGUGACAGACGUGGGCUCCGAUGAUGUGACAGAUGUGGGUUCCAAUAAUGUGACAUACCUGGUGACAGACGUGGGUUUUGAUGAUACGACAGACGUGGGUUUAAGUGAUGUGGCAGACGUGGGUUCCGAUGAUGUAGCAGACGUGGGUUCCGAUGAUGUAGCAGACGUGGGCUUCGAUGAUGUAGCAGACGUGGGUUCCGAUGAUGUAGAAGACAUGGGCUCCGAUGAUGUGACAGACGUGGGUUCCGAUGAUGUUUCAGAUAUGGGUUCCGAUAAUGUGACAGACGUGGGUUUAAGUGAUGUGACAGACGUGGGUUCCGAUGAUGUGACAGACGUGGGUUCCGAUGAUGUGACAGACGUGGAUUCCGAUGAUGUGACAGACGUGGGUUCCGAUGAUGUGACAGACGUGGGCUCCGAUGAUGUGACAGACGUGGGUUCCGAUAAUGUGACAGACGUGGAUUCCGAUGAUGUGACAGACGUGGGUUCCGAUGAUGUGACAGACGUAGGUUCUGAUGACAUGACAGACGUGGGUUCCGAUGAUGUGACAAACGUGGGUUCUGAUUAUAUGACAGACGUGGGUUCUGAUGAUGUGACAGACAUGGGUUCCGGUGAUAUGACAUACGUGGGUUCUGAUGAUAUGACAGACGUGUGUUCCGAUGAUUCGAGGAGUCUAGCAGCUUCCCUACCGUGGGGCCAGGGGUGCAUUAUAAGAAUCCAGUUGCUGAAAACUUCGAACAGUCCGGUUUCACAGUAG